AUGAACACUAAAUUUUCAAGAACUGAGAAGCCUAAAGGAAAAUUUGCACAAUCAAACAUUAAUCUGCUUUACAAAGGCAAUGCAAGCGAAAUUCGGUCUAGACCAACUAUUCGAACUAGCGGAUAUCAGGUUGUUGGGAAACUACAAAAAACUCGCUGCAAUCCUCCUCCUCCACCAUGGGUACCAAGCAUCAAGGCCGAGAUGGGAGGUCAGGAUAUCAAAGUAAAUAUCGUUCCUCCCGGUGGUUCCGGUUGGGGUACCGGCUCAUCGACUUCUAACAUCGAAUCCUCAUCCAGUCCCUCAAAAACAGACCUCAAGGAAACGCAAAAUGAAACCUCUUCCUCUAUUCUCAAAAGUAUUACUGAAAGUUCCCCUCAAAAUAAUGCAGAAGAGGGCAAGGGCUCUGUAGAUGACUCAGAAAUUCCUCUUGUUAAACCUCCUCAGAAACCGUUUUUUGAAUUGCGUUCUCAAACGGCUGUAGUUAAGCCCCCUGAAGAUCUUUCUACCGAAAUCGUUAGACCCCUUUCUGGCAAAAAUCUAGCUCCAAUGGUUCCAUUCUAUCAACGGCCGACUGCAUUGGCUUCUACUACAGCGCAAGAUACUGAUUCUAGCGCUGAGGAAAGUAAAGAGGGAUCACCAUCACCCACUCCGAUUUCUAAGCCUGUUGCAACGACACGAAGUAGUGGUUGGGCAUCGGUAGCAUCAGAAGAACCUGAUUUUCAGGAACGAAUUGCUUUUAGCGAGGACGAUGAUGAUAGUGCUGUCAGCAAGGACACUAUUGAAGAACCUGUGAAAAAACUUCCUUCAGAAUCUUUAAAUGAGCAUUCUUCCCCAAUCAAGCCCCUACCGUCUUCUGCCUCGGUAUCUGACACCCCUUGGACAAAACCAUCCUUAGACACCACCUCUCAAGUCUCUUUUCCACGAGCUGCUUGGGAACAGCCUCAUUCAUCAUUCUUACCUGUGUCUUCCAUGUCACCACAGUUAUCCUACCCAGUUUCAUCCUUCUGUGCUCCUCGUAACGACGCAUUAUUUCCCGAAGACAUGCUGGCUUCUUCCCGUGUGACUGAUGCCUCACUUCUCAAUGAACAACUCCAACGGUCAUCUUUUACCAAUACCACUGAGUCUCAAGUUCAAGCUCAACGAGAAGAGAGAACACUGGCUUAUAAGUCGGCUGUGAAUAGAGCUCAGAUGGCGAGGAAAAAGAGAAGCGAUGAGCAGCAGUCCGUGCCAUUAGAACCCACUUCUAAAAGAAAUGACCAGUCAAUGGAUUCGGUUAAAAGUCCUCUAACAGACGUUAGUGUAUUUCCUCAAACUUUUAUGCACACUCCUCAUGGCCCCUCUCCCUUUUCUACUAUCCCUCCUGUAAACCACUCGCCUCAGCAUACUGUGGAACCAGUUUUUGCUUCAUUGUACAGCGGUGGAUUGCCGAAUAUGAUGGGUAAUGGAUUUGUCCCGUCACAUCAAGCGAUGAAACCCCAAGUCCAUCUAUCGAAUUCCCUUUCUGCCUCCACUUGGAAUCCACAUGGCUCAUUUUCUCCAUCUAACAGUCAACAAUUCAUGCAUCCGUCCUACCCCCUCUCCAACUCUCCCAAACUGGCGCCUCCACCCACUAACCAAGGGGCCUAUUUUAAGACAGAUUCCUUCACUACUGUAUAUCCUCAGCCACAAAUCUCAAAACCUGAACACUCUCAUCAUCACCAUCAUCCUGUUGAGAGUGUAAUGCAUUCUUUUGCUAAUCCGAUGGGAAGUGAGACUUCUGUCAAUCACUUAAAUAGCUUUCAACCACCUUCUAAACCACUUCAACAGCAACAGUCCAACUCAUCCAUUUUGGAAAAGAGAUUAGACAGCGAAGCAGGUGGAGGCAAGGAUUUGCUGAAUUCCCUUUCAGCACCACUAGGCGGCCAUGCUCCUCAGAUUUCAACCCACUCUGAUGGCACAAGAAUAACUGCAUUUACUGUGCCUCCUGUAGUUGAUUCCUCCUCUUGUCCCCAAACCUCGACUACUGUGUCUCGGCAACCACAAUCGGCACAACCCUCUACCUCUCACAUUACACCCUUAAUGGAAGUUUCAUUGUCGGGCAAGUGGAGUGAAAAGGACUUUGAGGAGGUCUUUGAGAACGCUUCUCAUGGGACCUACACAAAGCCUUUUAAAUCCGGUCGAGGUGGCGGAACCAAGCACUAUGAUGAUCAAGGGAGACGAUAUUGUGGUGGAUUCACACCAAGUACUGGACGACCACUUGGUGGACGCGGUGGUUCUAAGCGUCAAUUUCGACCUCGCCCGCCAAACACAGAAGGGGAGGGUGAAGAAUCCUAUGAAGAUGGUAGAAGGCAACAGUAUGGUACUGGAGAGCAUGAUAGUACCUUUCUCCGAUCUCAACAACGUUCAAGAGGAGGUAGCAAUAGAGGAGGGGCCUUGCCUCGUUCUAAUAGAGAUCAUGAAGAUGAUAACAAGCAAAGUGGCACAGAUUAUGAGCAUGGAGAAAAGUGGAAGAGCGGUGGAUAUAAAAGCAAUCGUCACGGUGGCGAAAGUGGUGGAGUUUCUGAUAAGGCCAAUUCCAUCGCUUCGGCUGGAAGUGGACUUAGUCGGAAGUGUUUCUCCCGAUCUGGUCCAAAUUAUCGUCGGUUCGAUGGUAAUGAUGGCACCUCAAAAUCUUCCCUUCGUGGUAAUUUCUCCACCAAUCAGCGCAAGCAAACGCGUGAGAUUGAAGAUAAUUCCUCGGGAGAUUGUAUUACUUCAAAGCAAAAGGAAUCGGAAAAGCUGGAUACAAACGCUGCCCAAUCUGACAUUGAGCAACCCGAAAGUUCCACCCCUCAAACCCACCAUUCUCAACGACCUCAUAGAGGAGGAGGUGGAGUAGGCAGAGGUCAUAGAGGUUUUCACGCGGGAUCCCAACGUCAAGCGGCUGCUCAGCGUCGAGAUCAUCGUGUCAACCAAAAUCAGCCCCGUGCCAAUCAGCAGAACAACAAUCCCCGUCGACAUCCAGAUGACGAUAAUGACAACCAUGGAACUUCCAGUAAUAGUAACAACAACGCUGCAACUUCUACUACUACUGUCACUACAACUGAGCACUCUUCUACAAAUAAGGGGGAAAUCACUAGUAAUGGUAGCAGUAAUGAGUCAGGAGGGGGUCAACAACAGAACCACCAACAACAAAGUGGAAACUUAGACGCGCUCGGUACUGGAUCUAGUAAAUCCCGAAGUCAUGCUCAUUCAGUAACAUUGGCAAGUGAUGUAGGCGACGUAUGGGAGACGGCUUCAGAAGGGUUCAGCUCAUCUCUCAUGGGCACCUCACCUGGCUGUUCAUUUGCUGACUGCGCCACGGUCAGAACCAACGAUAACGAUGAUGAUAAUAUCAUCGAACAUAACGAUACUUAUGGGAAAAGACCCAUUACAAUACAGAGAGGAAAAAGAGCAAUGCAUUCAGCUCCAAAUAUGGGGAAGAUUAUCCCCUUGAUGUCAAUUAAUGCAGAGGCACCUCCCUCUUUCGUGAACAAUCCAAAUUUUUUAGACUCACCUCCCCCCUCCCCUCCGCCUCCUCCUCCUCAGGUUCAGAAAUCGUCGACAAAAAUUGACGCCAAGGGGGAGAAAAAAGACGUUGCGGAAUCGAAUGUCGGGGAGGAACAAAGCACCAUUGGAAGCUCUACUGAUUCUAGUGAGGAUGGUUUUCAAGAGGUCAAGUCGAAAUCAGCGAGGAGACAACAACAGAGGGCUAAGCAACAGCAAAAGAGUCUAAAGUCAUCUUCUUCGAAUGAAGACAAAUUGAGUAAUGGGAAAUCUAAAAGCCGUGAUGCUACUGCAAACACAACCUCCACGAACAAGUCGCGCGUUCAGGGGACUUCGAAAGCAACAUCUGAUCAGCAGAAACAUUCAAAGUGCUCAGUCAUUUCCAAGAAGGGCGAUGAAAAGGAUAUGCAACAACAAACUCGUUCUGCCAAUGUUACAACAACUACUUCCUGGACCAAGUCUUCAGCUGAAAACGGUGUAACAAAGAAGGCUCUACCCGUCGGUCCUUCCAAGAACCCCCCUCCAAGUGCUUGGUUAAAGCCUCUUCAGGAGACCAUAAAUGAAAAAGCAGCUGCCCUAGCUUCUGCUCAGCAACAGAGAAAUGCCAAGUCUGUGUCGACAACUAAAGUUACUCUACCAACGACUUCUGUUGUUUCUUCUAUAGGAUCUGUAAAUUCCGCCGUCCCCGUUGCGUCCUCUUCCUAUGCUUGGUCGGUAGUUGUGGGUUCUCGUACUACUGCAACUGCUUCGGCUGAAAAUGCUGCUGUGUCUACACCGACAACAGCAUUGCCAACCAAAGUGGUUGGAGGUAAUAAGGUGGCCGUCUCAAAGCCCAUUCAGUUUGCUUACUCAAAUGGUGGAUUGGCCGCGAAUUCAACAAGUUUGUUUUCACAUCACCAUCAGUCAUCAGGCGGACCUGCUCUCUUAGCCCCACAUCAACGUCAAAAUCAACUUGUCAACUCGGCUGGAGCAUCUGGUCGUGACCACCCACCCCCACCGAUGUUCAUUAAUGCUGCUGCAGUAUCUCACGGUACUCCUUAUCCACCUCCUACUGCCGCGGUCAUACCUGCUCCCGGAUUACACUUCUAA